GUGCUUCGGCACAAGGGGCAGAGUCUGCACGCAGGGUACGAGCCAGAGGAAGAGACCACAGUGCACGAAGAGGCACAAGAAGAAAAGAGACACAACGACUAAUAGGACCGUAUCAGAUUUUGUGGGAGAUCUGGCUGAGGAAGAUAACUGUCUGGAAUAAGCUGCCUUUUGUAUUUUUAUUUUUUUUUUUAAUCCACUUCAGCCAAACACUGCUGGAAAAGAUUGUGUUUAAAUUCCUUCAGCUAAUUCUUGCUGCUUACACUACGAAGAAAAUCUGUUUGCCAUGGUGAAAGAAAAAGUGGCCCAUCCUCAAGAGCCUCACCACCCAUCGGAAAAGCCAGUCAUCCACUGCCAUAAAUGUGGAGAGCCAUGUAAAGGUGAAGUACUCCGUGUUCAGGCCAGACACUUUCACAUCAAAUGCUUCACCUGCAAAGUGUGUGGCUGUGACCUGGCUCAAGGAGGCUUUUUCAUUAAGAAUGGGGAAUACCUUUGUACUUUGGAUUACCAGCGCAUGUAUGGUACCCGCUGCAACGGCUGUGGGGAGUUCGUUGAAGGAGAAGUAGUGACAGCUCUGGGAAAAACAUACCAUCCAACCUGCUUUGCCUGUACAGUUUGCAAGCGCCCAUUUCCACCAGGUGAUCGAGUUACCUUUAAUGGAAGGGAUUGUCUCUGUCAGUUGUGUGCUCAGCCAAUGUCCUCAAGCCCCAAAGAAUUGUCUGCCUCCAGCAAUUGUGCUGGCUGUGGAAGAGACAUAAAGAAUGGACAAGCAUUGCUGGCUCUGGAUAAGCAGUGGCACCUGGGAUGCUUUAAGUGUAAGGCCUGUGGGAAGGUCCUAACUGGGGAAUACAUCAGCAAAGAUGGUGCUCCUUAUUGUGAAAAGGACUAUCAGGUUCUUUUUGGAGUCAAGUGUGAAGCAUGUCACCAGUUCAUUACUGGGAAAGUCCUAGAGGCAGGUGACAAGCAUUAUCAUCCAAGCUGUGCACGAUGCAGCAGGUGCAACCAAAUGUUCACAGAAGGAGAAGAAAUGUAUCUGCAAGGUUCCACUGUCUGGCAUCCCGACUGUAAGCAAUCCACUAAGACCGAAGAGAAGCUAAGGCCUACGAGAACAUCAUCAGAAAGUAUUUAUUCCAGACCAGGUUCCAGUAUACCUGGCUCACCAGGCCACACUAUCUAUGCAAAAGUAGACAAUGAGAUCCUUGAUUACAAGGAUUUAGCAGCCAUUCCCAAAGUCAAGGCCAUUUAUGACAUUGAACGUCCAGACCUAAUUACUUAUGAGCCAUUCUACACUUCCGCCUACGAGGACAGACAGGAGAGACAGAGUCUUGGAGAGUCUCCAAGGACGUUAUCACCCACCCCUUCUGCAGAAGGUUAUCAAGAUGUUCGGGACCGCAUGAUUCACAGGUCUACUAGUCAGGGCUCCAUUAAUUCUCCAGUGUACAGUCGUCACAGCUACACACCCACCAUGUCACGUUCCCCUCAGCAUUUCCACAGACCUGGCAAUGAGCCGUCCAGCGGUCGGAACUCCCCUGUCCCCUAUCGGCCAGACAGCCGCCCUCUCACUCCAACUUACGCUCAGGCCCCUAAACAUUUCCAUGUUCCAGAUCAAGGUGUCAACAUUUACAGAAAACCUCCAAUCUACAAACAACAUGAUGCAGCUGCUUUGGCAGCACAGAGCAAGUCCUCCGAGGAUAUCAUCAAGUCCUCCAAGUUCCCAGCAGCUCACGCACCAGCACCCAACGAGAUACCAAAGAUUGAGACGGACCACUGGCCAGGUCCUCCCUCCCUUGCAGCCAUAGGAGCUGACAUGAGACGCAGGUCAAGUGGAAGAGAGGAAGAUGACGAGGAGCUACAGAGACGCCGGCAACUGCAGGAGGAGCAGCUGAUGAAGCUUAACUCUGGUCUUGGACAAUUGAUACUGAAAGAAGAGAUGGAAAAGGAGAGGUCAUCCCUUUCUGCCAGUCGUUAUGAUUCUCCAGCCCAUGCUUCAGCCUCCAAAACCUCUUCUCUUCCUGGCUAUGGAAAAAAUGGACUUCACAGGCCGGUGUCUACAGAUUUUGGUCAGUACAACAGUUAUGGGGAUGUGAGUGGUGGUGUUAGAGAUUUCCAGUCCCUCCCGGAUGGUCAUGUCCCUGGAAUGAGAAUGGACAGAGGAGUAUCUAUGCCUAACAUGUUGGAGCCAAAGAUUUUUCCAUAUGAAAUGCUCAUGGUGACCAACAGAGGGCGAAAUAAAAUACUAAAAGAUGUAGACAGAACCAGGCUGGAGCGUCACUUAGCACCUGAAGUUUUUCAAGAAAUAUUUGGCAUGACGAUACAGGAGUUUGACAAGUUACCUCUCUGGAGACGCAACGACAUGAAGAAAAAAGCAAAACUAUUUUAAUCUCCCUUUAAAGAAACCAACUUAAAAAUGGUACAUAGGAUAUUGUAUCAUACAGUCCAAACUAUUUGGCAGCAACUACCUACCCACCAAAAAAAGGAAAAUCGCAUAGUGGCACCUCUGCACACAGCAAUUGAACAAGACGAACAUUUGCCCUCCUGGAACAUAGGGAAGGAAAUACCUGAGCUCAGAAACAACAAAGAUGAUUUUCAGAGGUGUCGACCUUUUACGUGAUGUCAUACAAGAUAGGAAACUGUUCUUCUCCCUCAGUGAUACUCCCUUUACUUCUCUCCGUAACAUGAUGGACUUUAUUGCUAGAGCCAGGAAGUGCCCUUAGGAUGCCUUGUAGACUAAAGUAGUUGUAACCACUCCAAGAACUGGAAAAGAAAUAUAUAUAUAUAUAUAAAAAUAUAUAUAUAUGUAAGUGUGUUUGCGUGUGUGCGCACAUGUAUUUAUAUCUAUCCAUCUGUGUGUAUGUAUGUGUAUAUAUGUGUAUAUAUAUGGAGAGAAAGAUAGAUACUCUGUAGUGAAGGAGAAGCCCUUUGUAACACGCCCAUAUGGUCUCGUUGUCUUUCACACAACUGUUUCUUAGUUGGCAGUCUUUUGAAAUGGCAUCUUUGUGUGACACGAUCUGCAAAGGUGGGUGCUCUGCGCGUUUGCAGUGCAUCCCAGUUGAAUUCUUGGAAAGCGGACUCCUUGUACCUGUAUAUAUUUGCUAGGAUAUAUAGGAAGUGAAUUGCUGUGUCUGUUGCCAGUCUUCCCUCUUUCACACUUUCUGCUUGAAUUAAUAAGGCUGGAGCUUAACCAGUCAAAUAAUUUAAGAUCACUCAAGUAAUGGGAAUGAUGGAGAAGAGUCAGUUUUCUUGUAAUUUAGUCCAGGAGAUGGGUGGAUGGGGGUGGGAGUGAUAGAGUGAGAAAAUGCUUUUUUAAGUGUGCCCUGGUUCACACCCAGAGAUUUCGGGACAGACUCCCUGCUAGUCAUUACUGGUACAGCUCCUCAGAUUCCUGUGGAGUUGUAGGAUUUUACAUCAGCAGGGAAGACGGUUCUCUGCAAGCCAACAGAGUUUUAUCCCUCUUGGGGAAGGAAUGUUUAUGAACUAAAAGGUACCACCAAGGUGGUACCAUGCUCUGCCAAUAGAGGCUUUUUGAUUAAAUUGCAGUUGCUGUUGUCAAUAUGGCACAGUGCAUGGGGCCAAGCACUCUCUUUUUAGUUAAUGUAGUUUUUCACUUGUGCUUUGUAAAGAGGGCACAGGCUUUCUUUUUUUUUUCUUUUUUUUUUUUUUUUUUUUUUUCCUCGUUUGAAGCUUCAGAGCUCCAGCCUUGGUUAUAUUUAUUUCCCUUUGUGCCUGACUUGGUUUGUGGAGACAGAGAAAUCAUGCAAGAUGGUUUCUGAGCUGCAUUGAACUCCUCUUGCUUUCAGUCUUCUUCCACUAUGCUGCAGCUUGAAAAACAAAACAAAACAAAACUGCCUAUAUAUACCUUAACUGCUUCUGGGCAGGUCCUUACAGAGAUGGACACGAGCACCAAAGUAAUUCAAUACAUGCAUUGUGGCUGCAAGGUCAGCUUUUUCUCUUCCUCGGUGCUUAACUGCCAAUGCAUACUGCACUAAUGAGCCCGUCUCCUGGUAUCGGAGAGGGACGUUCAGGUUCUGUGUCUGUCAAAGAAUAUCAAGGUUUCAUUUUUAAUGCAGAAACUUUUGGCACUGGAGACAUCAGAACCUUUGUAUUUUCUGUUAUGAGACACUGUUGUUAAAAGUCUGGAAGUCAGGAAGGGGAAGCAGUCCCACGUAGCUGUGGGAUUCGAUAUCACUGUGCUGAGUUCUGUGUCUCACCGUGCGGCAUUUCACCCUGAAACGUGCGGGACAGCCCAAACCCUGCCCCUUCUGUGCUGGUUUAGGAAGUCCUGUUACAGCAGAUCACCGUGGUUCCUUUGAUCCAACCCGAGCUGAAGAUUCAGUGAUUGAGAGGCAGAUGCAAGGGGUCGGCACCUGCUCCAUGCUCUAGGGCUAAGGGAAGGGUGAGCCCGAGGGACGAGCUGGAGAACGUGCUCCUGUGCAGAGCUGCCUCGUAGUCCCUGCUGAACACACCCUCAGAGAACACCGUGACACGCGGUUAGCUGCGAGGUAGCUCUCUGGACCUCACCGAGGUUGCAGCAAGCUCAGUUCAACAUGUUUUACUUCAUUUUUCAGAACAAGCAUCUGAAAUGGUUUUAGAAGAACGCUGGGAAGCAAGUGGGAAUGCCAGGGAGGGCACUGGCAGGUUGAGAUGCGUUUCUGAGUGGCAGCUGAAACCGCAGCCAGGCAGUGACAGGACAGCAGUCACAGGUUUCGUGAACACUUGUCUCGGACAUUCAGUGUACGUUACCUGCAAAGGUGUGGCUUAACUCUGAGAUGAACGUUUGGGUUUUAAUCAUUUAAAGUAUUAAAAUUCUCCAAAUUUUGUCAGCCCACAUAGGUGAUGCCCUGGUGCUGCUGCUCAAAUGCAGCAGGCAUUACGGGUCUCUUAGCCCAAGUCACCUUGGCAAAAAACCUUUUUGGUGUGAAGUCUGCUCUCAGGGAUGUGAGCUGCCAGUCUGCGUUUUUCUGUCCCCAUCUUUAUAUUACUAUUGAACUAUUUAAAUACCUUGUGAGCAUACUACCCGGUCAGUUCAGAGGUGGGUAAGCCAGGUUGUCUUGUCUUCUAACAAAGACAGUUCCUCAGCCUUUGAGAAAUGACAAGAUAAUUUGUGUCUGCCUCAUCAACUGAGAAUUGAAAGCUGCAAUUGCAGCUUGGGAAGGAAUGAGGAGAAGCCAGCUCAGAUGCAGCAGACACAAUUAUCUCUGACUGGAUUUUUGGGCUGGUGCUGGUGUGGAGCAUUGUCAAUCAGUUCACAGCUCUCUACACUGGACAUACUACUGCUUUAUUUCUGAUUGAGGGCAUGAAGGGUUAAUUCCUCUUAAUAUCCCACCCAGAAGCAGAACCACCCCAAGAUCCCAUGGCCCCAAAGAGCAGGCUGCAGCCGGCCGUGGGAUGGGUGGGUGGUUUCUGCAGUGGGCUGUUAGCAAUUGUCACUGCAAUAUUUUCUUUCAUCUGGUCUUCCCACCUCAUAAAAAUGGAAAGGCAGCUCCAGGGAGAGUUUUCUAUGUAAGCAGUGAAUCAUUUUCCUAGUAUCGAUCCAGUAGCAUAUUGUUUGUUGGGCAGCUCUAUGUUGUUGGGCAGUUCUUUGUAAUUCCCCUCUCAAUAGUCCCUUGUGGCCAAUAAAUUUGAAUAUUGUAAUGUAACAGAGAGUCAAAGCUUUGUAAUAAGACUCUAAAUUAUUCACUAAAUACUUAAGUGUGCGUAAGAAUAUGCCUUAAGUACAUGUUCAAGUUCUUCUGUCUCUUGCAAAGCAUUUGCGCUUCUGAUGAACCCCCAUCAAACUCAGUGCUGUCAACAAUGUCACUGCCAAAAGGACUGAAACCUGAUUGCUUUUGUCUCGUUUUUCCCCUUUCUGCUUUAAGAAUGAAGUAAGAGCAAAGACCUGUCAAAACAGGUAUGCGGGGUGGAAUUGCAAAACAGCCAUACAGGUGUGCAGAACGCGAUCACAGACACGUGCAGGUUGUCAAAAACACAGGCACACGUAGCACACGCUCCCCGUACGGAGCUGAGAUGCUCUGUGGGUAGUUAGCCUGGAAUUUCCAAACGGUAUAUUGUGUUGGAAAGACAGCAGUGAUUAAAUUAUGAAGGAUGUCACUUGCAGGGCUUCUGGGUACCUGCUUCUGAGACCCACAAGGUAACCAUCCCACUUCAUGGAAGUGCCAGGCUGGCCCCCUGUGAUAUCAUUUAAAAGGCAUUCUCGGGCAUAUGUGAACAUUUGCAGUGCCCAUUCCUGGCAGUGCUUAGAUGGAAGAGUAAAACCUUCCAUCCAGAUAAAUGAGGGAAUCCAGAGAUUUGAGACUUGGGUUUUGUGGCUUCUCCAGAUCCCGGUCUGAUAAUUUCCAUUGUGAACAAGUGGAGAGCUGUUCUGCAGUACAGUGGGAACAGCUGCCCAUAACCUGGAUGUCCUUGCCUUCACUUGGCAUAAGCUCCAGCCUGCUGACAGUCAGAAGUGGAAAUAAGUGUGGUGAAAUAAAUAUGUUUUUCAUCUUCCUUGAAGGUAGUGAAAUGAAGCCAACUUGAAAAAUAGAUUUGGAAAUUACUAAACUGUCCACUCUUUCUCAGUGAAGUGAUUGAUCUAUUGUGGCCUCAGUUUGGAAGCUGAGUGUAGCAUCUCAACUCUGCCAGUGUCCUAUCCCAAACUUGACAAACUUCCUGUACAGCAGGAAGAGUAAGUUCUUGUGAAGCUUGCUCUCAGAAUUUCAUGCUUUUUUUUUAAUUGUUUGUUACCAUUUCAUGCUGGUGUCAUUUAACACAGGUUUUAGUGGUGUGAGUCUCAGAAACAUAUUUUUUUUUUCCAAUUUGAUUAGUAGCCUUUCAUUCAGUAUGGUUUGUGCACAUGGCUGCAGUGUGCUGUGGAAGGUUAGACUAGGAAAACAGUAAUUCCUUACAGCUGCAUGUGGGACGAGAUAGCCCAGUGGCUCUGGUAAUGUUUUUACUUCUGUCAAGACGGGGUUGUCUUGUCUUACCAAGCUGAAUGGUCCCAAGACGCUGCGGGGCCAGCACUGCAGUGCUCACUGCCCUUCCCGUGUUGCAAUCUGAAAUCCUUUCUCAGCCACGCGGUUCAGACACCCUGCUCUUCGGGGAGGUCACUAGGGGUCUCUUUUGUGAAAGUGUUACUCUGAAGUUAGACACAUUUUGAAGUAAAGUCCCUUUCUGUAAGUCAGUGCUGCUCCUGGGGUGUUUCUGCUAUGGCAGGUAAUGUCAUCGGAUGGAGAAGUGUUAAGUUCUGGGAAGGAGGAGGGCUGGCAUAAGCUUGCUUUCUCCAGGGUUUGCCAGUGUGAUAUUUAGCAAAUUUAGAAGAAAAUGCAUGCCAGCUUGUGCUACCUCUUUCAAACUUGGAGGAAAUCAAGUUUGGAGCACCUGUAGAUUAUGAGCAUCUAUGCCAAAGUUAAUGUUCUGAAGCUAUUACAACAAGUGAUGGAAAAAAUGGAUCCCCAGAACAGUAAGAAUAUAAGAACAUCCUCCAAACUCAGCAUGGAAUGACUUGUCUUGUCUGCUCCCGAUUUAGCAGCAGUUAGGAGAUCCUGGCCCUUUUGGGCCAUAGCCUUGUAGAUACAGACUAAAUGGAAAUCAGACUUUCUCCCACUCCGCAUUUCAUUGCUUUCCUUCUGGAUUUAUUUGUAGAGGAGGAUGUCAGCAUCCUGGAAAUUACCUGUGGUGCUAAAAAAGUCAAUGAUAAUGAUGAUGAAUAAAGCACAUGCAGGAAGCAAUAAAAUCAACUGAUCUUUCCUGAAAUGCCAAUCUGUUUUCCAUAGCAGAGAUACUUAGGGCUUGAUCCCGCAGCCUCCUUUCACAUCCAGGUCUUUGCCAAACAUUUUUGCCCUGCCCACACAUCUUCUGUAGUCCAUAUUCUUCAGGGUAGGCAUACGGAGGAAGUGAUCUCGACAAUAUGUGGUAUGUUUUUACCCCAUUGCUAUGUAAUGAAGUACUGGAGAGAGUGACUGACCACCGUGAUGGCAGAACUUUCUCUUCUAGUGUAGGAACACCCUCAUCACUGCGGGUUGCAGGACUGCUCUGGCUGGUGAGUGUUGCCUUCUGAUUUCUCCCGCACACCUAUUUAGUGCUUAAUAAAGUGCAGGACAAAAAAUCUAUCACUAAAAAAUAAGAUACUGAAUUUUUAGUCAGACAAUUCUGCUGGCAGGAGCCGUGUGAUGCUGGCAUUUGACGUGGAGGGAGGGAGCGUUAUUAAUUUUAAUGUGAGCAUCAGUGCAGGAAGUGGGAAUGUAAUUGGCCAUUAACAUUGUUUGCCUGUAUGCAAAAUAAAGUAUCUGUUGCCCAAAGGGCUUUUAACAGGGAAAAAGAUUUCUGCUAAUGAUUUCCUAAAAAUGCUUGUCCAUAUGAAGAGGUAAUACUUCCACGUGUGCUGUGGUCUUUCUUUUGAGGUAAAAAGAGACGACUGAAGGCAAGCAGUUAUCUGCUUGGCCAGAAAUCACUAUAGUUAAUACAGUUGUUGCUCCUAGGACUUGCAAAGCUGAGGCCACAGGACCUUGCUCCUAGGCAUUAGGAGAUGAGGCGUUAAAGGCUUGCAGAAAUAGAAGCAGCUGCGCGAAUCCCAGCGGUGCCUUACCAGGCUGAGUCUAGCUCCCUUGGGCGCUGACAGGUCCCACUGGACACCCUGCAGAAAGCACUACCCCCAGAUGCAAAACCACUGACACCAGUGGGGCCUCUCACUGACAUCCACACGCUUGGGAGCGGGUUCUUUCUCAUCUGGCAGGACCAGGAAAGUGUCUGGCUGCUGUGCACGCCCACAGCAACCAGCUCUGUGUGUCCCUGCUGGAUCUAUCUUGUCCCAGCAGUGCCACCUGGUCAUUGCUGACAGCUCUUCCUGCAAGGGGGCCUUACAGCUGGGGACACUUUUUUAAGCUUUGGAAACUGAAACUAGUUUUUCAAAGGUAUAUUUUCCUUUUAAGUCAGUAGAUUUUGGCAAUAGGAUUUUUAUUAUUUUAUUUUUCUUUUCUCCUCCCUCCACACAUUACAAACCAGCGUUUUGGGGAGGUUCCCUGUGUUUCCCAUUCACCUGUGAGACAGCUCUUGAGUCUCUCUGUAAAAGUGAAUCAAUGUCUUGUCUGUACAGUAAGUCUGCUUGUACGCAUAAUGAAAAGUUGAGCUGGGUUGCUGUUCAAUUAGUGUUUCCACUGUCAUACUGCAAACAGCACAUACUGCACUCCUGUGCCACUGUAAUCUGCAUCACUGUUGUACUCAAGUCAAUGAAUAAAGUUUGGAGCUUUAUUCUUA